AUGGAGGAGUUCCACAGUUUGGAUAGUUUGGCUAAUGGGAUGAAUAGCUCUUUUAUCAUACUAAUUCUUAAGAAGGUCAAUGCAGUCACUCUAAAUGACUAUAGGCCAAUAAGCUUGAUUGAGUCAAUAGACAAGAUUCUUUCUAAGGUUCUUGCAAGUAGACUCAAACCAGUUAUGCCAGAAGUAAUUAGUGAAACUCAAUCAGCUUUUUUGGGUGGAGGGAAUAUAUUUGAUGGGAUUUUGAUUGCAAAUGAAAUUGUAGAUGGGUGGAAGAAAGCCAAGAAAAAGGGGUUGUUGUUCAAACUUGAUUUUGAGAAAGCAUAUAACUCCAUCAAUUGGGAAUUUUUGUUUUCCAUGCUAUCAAAUUUUAGGUUUGGUUCUAAAUGUAUUUCUUGGAUGAAAGGGUACAUCUCAACUGCUAGAAUUUCAGUGCUUGUGAAUGGUUUUCAUUGUGUCUCUUAA